AUGGGACGAAAGAGCUGGGCGACAAUGCAACAACAAGAACAUUUGAAGUCAAACAUUCCUACCUUCCUUGCGGCUCAACAAGCGGGCAACCACUCAUUAUUCUGGUCCAGUUUUCUCGACGACUGGUUCCAGAAGUGGCCCAUCACUCUCGCGAGCGACGGCAUCGAUGUCCAGGCUACGGCGGAACAAAAGAAGUCAAUGACAGUGAGGUUGAAAGAAUGGUUCCAAAAUCACACGCGUGCUUCCACGUUCAGCAACGGGCGUUCAGUUGUGUUGUCUCUCAAGGGGAAGGUCAAAUGCAAGGCGGCCCCAUGGCAAGCCUACAUGAAGACAUACUGGCCCGAACUCAAGCCCCAAUGGGAAUUAGAGUUCGAGACUUACUGUGCAGAUCAACUGCCAUCCGGUACUGUGGUCACGAAGUCCAUCAGGAUGAAGCAUCAGUCGGCCUUUGUCAUCUCCAUGUAUGAGGGCAUCAAGGACACCAAUGCUGUCAAGAAAGCGGUUGAGGCGUGUGACGGGGAGUUUGAGGACGACGAUUUCGAGGGCGGCGACUCACAGCCCGCGCAUUUCCAAAGGAAUAUCGACUCCCUUCAUCACACGAUCCAAGUCGCUCUCGAGGAGAUUCAACGGCAGACCGGUUGGGUUGGGAUAAUCCUGGUUGGAGGUCCAGAGCCGAAACGCGGAGGCACAAACAUAUACUAUCGCUUCGGGACUCAGACCGCCCAUCUGAAGAGCACGUUUCUGCAAUACCACCCAGACUUUGAAGAGCAGGUCGCGCAACCAUUCGCUCAGUAUCUCCAAGCUUCCUUCCCCGCCGACGUUUGCGCCGAAAUGGGUUUACCUAUUGUCCCGCCUUUGACGAGUGCCGCUAUGCCAAUCGGCACAGAUGGCACAUCUUUCGUUGUGUCCUCCACGGCUGUAGGCUCGGCAACAGCAACCUCGGCAUCAGCGUCCGCAUCCUUAGAUGCUGACGGCGCCCAUGCACACAUUUCUGCAUCCUCCGGUAUGGGCAUCGCAUCUUCAACGCCAACACCUCCCUCCGCAAUGGUGCAAGUCACCAUCGAUUCCAGCACACCGCUCUCACCGAAUAUCCAUGCGAGCGCCUCCGUCAAUGCGACUAACACAUCCACAACGGCAUCUGCCAUCAUGAACAUCACAUCGCCUCUCAACUCGCAUGCUGCGAGUUCACCGGACACCUUACUCGCUCGCUCACCGGCACUCGCACUGCUCGGUGACCUCACUCUGCCCACAGCGAAGCCGAAGAGGACUGGCAAGAAGGUCGCCAAGGGCGUCCUGGCAACUCGCAAGUCGGACCGACUCUCCAGUGGUCAAGACCCUUCGAACGAUGCUGGGGACUCCUUAGAUGCACAGAUUGAAGCUGCGGACCCUUUGCCUGUCGUCGCACCUGCUGCUGUUGCACCCGUGCCCGAGGUGAAUAUCAUUCCGAUUGUCGCACCUGCGCCGGACGUCAUCGACUCUCCCGCUCCUGUCAUGCAACCUUCACCUAUCCCUGAUGUCGCCGCCCGUCCUGCACCUAUUCUCGAUGUGGUUCCACCCCCUCAUUCAAUGGCACCCACGCCCGAUGUUGUCGAUCCUCCUACUGUCAUCGCACGUAUCUCUCAGGCCAUUCCCACUCUAGCUGCUUCCUCCAUCAUCGAGCCAGUUGUUGAGGAAGUCACCGCCGCCACUCCUGCGCUUGGUCGUGCGGCUGAGGCUGCAGUCAUCUUCCCGUCAUCCUUAUCGGACGAUGCACUCCCGGCGUGGUUGCAGAAGGCUUUGCAGGCAGUCCGCAUUUUCGAACGUGUGCCCGAUAGCUGGGUAGGCCUCCUUGAAGCCUUUGUCACCUUCGAGUCGCAGUCGGGCUAUCCAACAAAAAGGACUCGCUACUCUAAGGAGAUAUACGAUGCACGCCCCAGCGCAGUCAGUGCCUGGAUGGCUUAUGGGUGCGCUUGGGGCUCUCUGUUGCAAGCCGGUGAUAACGAUUUCUUCCUGGUCGUCAUGUAUCUUUGGUGGUGGGGUAGCACAUUGGAAGUCGAUGACGAGAAUGAGCAGCACCUGUUUGGGGAAUACAUCGAGGACGUGCACUGGGUGCUGGAGGCAAUGACCAGCGAUCUACGCCUGUCAUCAUCUGCCAAGUUAGCCAAUAAUAUUAUGUUUUUGCACUGA